AUGUCAAACGACGAGGAGAGGCAAGCCAGCACCAGUGGUGAACAACAUGAGGAGGUGUCCCAGGAAAAGCCCGAGGUUCCGAAUGACAAUCCUCUCGAACACAUUGCCAGUUUCGAAAGCCCCUUCAACAUCCCGACGUGGCGAAAAUGGCUGAUGACUUCGUUAAUGGGAGGCAUGGCUGCUGCCGUCACCUUUGGCAGUUCAGUGUGGUCGUCGACAAUUUCCGUAACAUCAAAGCAAUUUGGGGUUGGUGAAAGUGUCGCGGUAUUGGGCGUUUCUUUAUAUGUACUUGGCUUUGCUCUUGGGCCGAUACUCUGGGGCCCUCUGUCCGAGCUCAAAGGUCGACGGCUGCCGAUGUUCACGGGUUACUUCAUAUGGGCGCUGCUGCAGAUUCCAGUAGGCGUGGUGAACAACCUACCGGCCAUUCUUGUCUGUCGCCUUCUGGCAGGCUGCUUUGGGGCAGCCCCUAUGUCGCUCAUCAGUGCUGCUUAUGCCGAUUUCUGGGAGCCAGCCGAACGUGGAACAGCCACGGCAGUCUACUCCGCGGCAGUCUAUAUCGGCCCUACACUAGGUCCUAUAUUUGGCAGCCUGCUCACGGAGAGUAAACUUGGGUGGCAUUGGACUGCAUGGCUCACCCUCAUCAUGGGUGGCAGCGUAGGGGUCUUGGCCUUCUUCUGCGUUCCAGAGACAUAUGGGCCAAUCUUACAACAAAAGGCAAAUCGGAAGGCUCGUCUUGCCAACAACCCUGACACAGCAUGUGAGGACGACAUCGAGCAGUCAGCAGACUUUCAGACUUUCGUGCGAAGGUAUAUGGUCAAGCCGAUAAAAAUGCUCUGUUUUGAACCCAUGUUGAUGGUCAUGACUUUAUAUAUUUCCAUCGUCUAUGGCAUCCUUUAUCUGACGUUUUACGCGUUCCCUUACAGUUUUGCACAAGGCCGAGGCUGGGAUUCUCGUGUCGCAUCUCUGCCAUUUUUGAGCAUACUCGUCAGUGUCUUGGUGUCAUCUGUGGGAGUUGCCAUCUACUCACGCGAAUACUAUCGUCCACGCCUUCAAGCACGCGGGUCAGUGUUACCGGAAGAUCGUCUCCCGCCAAUCAUGCUAGGCAGUAUUUUACUGCCCGUUGGCCUCUUCUGGUUUGGGUGGUGUUCGAACCGCAACAUAUCACCUGUGUCUCAAAUAAUUGCUGGACUUUUCAUCGGCAGUGGUAUAAUGCUUAUCUUCACGAACGGUGUUGCUUAUAUCGUCGACAUCUACCUUCAAUCCGCGGCUAGCGCUCUGGCUGCCAACACAUGUUGCCGAAGCCUGGUGGCGGCAGGUUUUCCAUUGGCAGCCCCCAAAAUGUACCAUAAUCUAGGCAUUGCCUGGGGUACGAGUGUCCUGGGUUUCUUGUGUGUCUUGCUUAUCCCGGCACCCUUGCUAUUUUACAAAUAUGGAAGCAGGCUACGACAAAUGUCGCGCUACGCCCCGACCUCUCGGUGA